UAUGAUACUUACCGCUAUGGUAAAGGAAAGGAUUAUUUCUUAUCCAAAAGAGUAAGACCAUCUCAUAGUAAUGAUAAGCGUCAAUGAAUUUUUUACCCGGAUGUUUUUUCUGAGCAUCUCAAUUUACUGUAACUAAAUAUAGCUAACUAUGGGGCUUAUAUAGUAAGUUUAAGGAAGACAAUUAGCUUGUGAAGAUGUCAUAUAAUGGAAUAGGAUUGCAGACUGCUAGAGGUUCAGGUACUUCAGGUCAUGUACAGAAGAAUUUAUCUACUGAUAGUAGUGCAAAGGGUCAUUACCGCUCUAGAAAACAUAAGAAAGAGUUAGAAGAAGCUAAGGAGAAGAAGAUAAUAACCGAAUUGAGUAAGAGAGAAGCUAAAGCAGAGAUUCAAAAUCAUAGUCAUAAGAGAAAAAUCGAUCUUCGAUGUAUGGAAUUACGAGAUAAGUUGGAGGAUGAAGGAGAAGAAGAAUCGACUAUUGUGGAAAAGAUCAAACAAUUGAGGUCUGAAUUAACGGAGAAGUAUAGUAAUAAUAAUAGUAAGGAUCAGAUAGAUAAAGGUGAUCAGUCGGGAAAGGAACGUAGUACAAAAGAAGUGCCCAAGUAUGAGCCUAGGUAUAAAGAUAAUAAUGGCGAAAGAGAGGUGCGAUAAACAUAUAUAGAUAUUGUAUAUAUAGAUAGA